AUGGAUCCUCAUUUAUGGUCUUCUACACAUAACAACACAAACAUUAAUGAAGCACAUCACAAUAUAAAUCUAGAUGGAAAAUCAUUGUUAUCUGCUGUUCAUGUAGCAAAAAAUUUUGAUAAUGGAAAAUAUAAUAUUUUAACUUCCUACAAGGAUAAAUCUCAAUCACAAAGAUAA